UUUUACAUUCAUCUUUUCCGUAGAGUUCAAAACUUCAAAGCAAAAUUCUUCUAUAAUGGCUGGUAGAGGAAAAACCCUAGGUUCAGGAGCUGCAAAGAAGGCUACAUCCCGUAGUAGUAAAGCCGGUCUUCAAUUUCCGGUCGGUCGUAUCGCCCGUUUUCUUAAAGCCGGCAAGUAUGCUGAGCGAGUCGGUGCCGGAGCUCCGGUCUACCUCGCUGCUGUCCUUGAAUACCUUGCUGCUGAGGUGCUAGAAUUGGCAGGAAAUGCAGCGCGAGACAACAAGAAGACGAGGAUAGUGCCAAGACAUAUUCAAUUGGCAGUGAGAAACGAUGAAGAACUCAGCAAACUCCUUGGAGAUGUUACAAUUGCCAAUGGUGGUGUCAUGCCCAACAUUCACAAUCUUUUGCUCCCUAAGAAAUCUGGUGCUUCUUCUAAGCCCUCUGCUGAUGAAGAUUAAAUGGGUCUAAACAUGGUUUCGUAGUAGCUGUGCUUUGUUUUAGAGUAGGAUUUUUGGUUUUGCUAUUUUCUUUUUAGAAUAGUUGGUAGGGGUUUAUGUUGGUUUGUGAAUACAACAAAUGAAACAAUGAAUGAAGACCACUGUCUAUUUUCUUACAAAUGAAACAAUUAUUGUUAUUGCUUUUACAUGUAUCGUCUGUUUCUUAAGAUGCUUAUAUUAUUUUUCUGGUUUUU